CCGCGACGCGCGACGCGAACGCACCAUGAGCGAAGACACCGAAACCUUCGCCUUCCAGGCCGAGAUCAACCAGCUGUUGUCGUUGAUCAUCAACACGUUUUAUUCCAACAAGGAAAUCUUCUUGCGCGAGCUCAUCAGUAACUCUUCCGAUGCGCUCGAUAAGAUUCGAUUCGAGGGCUUGACGGAUAAGUCCAAGCUCGAGUCCCAACCCGAGCUGUUCAUUCACGUCGUGCCGGACAAGACGAAUAACACGCUGACCAUCAUCGAUAGCGGCGUGGGGAUGACCAAGGCGGAUCUCGUGAACAAUCUCGGUACGAUCGCGCGUUCUGGUACGAAAGCGUUCAUGGAAGCGCUCACCGCGGGGGCGGAUAUCUCGAUGAUUGGCCAGUUCGGCGUCGGUUUCUACUCGUCGUACUUGGUCGCCGAAAAGGUCGUCGUGUACACCAAGCACAACGACGACGAGGGCUACCGAUGGGAAUCUCAAGCCGGUGGUUCGUUCACGGUGACCAAGGACGCGUCCGCGAACGAACUCGGUCGUGGUACGAAGAUGGUGCUUCACUUGAAGGAUGAUCAGCUCGAGUACCUCGAGGAGCGCCGCCUGAAGGAUUUGGUCAAGAAGCACUCUGAAUUCAUCUCGUACCCGAUUUCGCUUUGGACCGAGAAGACGACCGAGAAGGAAGUCUCCGACGACGAAGCCGAGGAGGCUGGCGAGGAAGAAGAGGGCAAGAUCACCGAAAUCAAGGACGAGGGUGACGAGGUCAAGGAGAAGAAGACGAAGACGAUCAAGGAAGUUUCUCACGAGUGGGCCAUCAUGAACAAGCAAAAGCCGAUUUGGAUGCGCGUGCCGGAAGAAAUCACCAAGGAUGAGUAUGCUGCGUUCUACAAGUCGCUCACCAACGAUUGGGAAGAGCAACUUGCGGUGAAGCACUUCGCCGUCGAAGGUCAAUUGGAGUUCAAGUCGGUGCUCUUCGUCCCGAAGCGCGCGCCGUUUGAUAUGUUCGACGGCAAGAAGAAGUCGAACAACAUCAAGUUGUACGUCCGUCGCGUUUUCAUCAUGGACAACUGCGAGGACAUCAUUCCGGAAUACUUGGGCUUCGUUAAGGGCAUCGUCGACUCCGAAGAUUUGCCGCUCAACAUUUCUCGCGAAAUGCUCCAGCAAAACAAGAUUCUCAAGGUUAUCAAGAAGAACAUCGUCAAGAAGUGCCUCGAGAUGUUCAAUGAAAUCGCCGAGAACAAGGAUGACUACACCAAGUUCUACGAAUCUUUCGGCAAGAACUUGAAGCUCGGUAUUCACGAAGAUGCGCAAAACCGCAGCAAGAUCGCUGAGUUGAUCCGAUACUCUUCCACCAAGUCUGGCGAAGAGCAAACGUCGCUCAAGGAUUACGUCACGCGCAUGAAGGAGGGCCAAAAGGACAUCUACUACAUUACCGGCGAAUCCAAGAAGGCGGUCGAGAACUCUCCGUUCAUCGAGAAGCUCAAGAAGCGUGGCUACGAAGUUCUCUUCAUGACCGAUCCGAUCGACGAGUAUGCGGUGCAACAGCUCAAGGAGUACGACGGCAAGAAGCUCGUCUCCGUCACCAAGGAAGGUCUGGAGCUCGACGAAACCGAGGAAGAGAAGAAGCAAAAGGAGGAAGUCAAGGCGCAAUACGAGAACUUGUGCCGAUUGAUCAAGGACAUCUUGGGCGACAAGAUCGAGAAGUGCGUCGUCUCCGACCGCGUCGUCGACUCCCCGUGCGUGCUCGUCACCGGCGAAUACGGCUGGAGCGCCAACAUGGAGCGCAUCAUGAAGGCGCAAGCGCUUCGCGACAACUCCAUGGGUAGCUACAUGUCGAGCAAGAAGACGAUGGAAAUCAAUCCGGAUAACUCCAUCAUGAAGGAGUUGCGCAAGCGCGCCGAUGCGGACAAGGGUGACAAGACUGUCAAGGAUUUGGUCCUCCUCGUAUUCGAAACUGCGAUGCUCACCUCUGGCUUCUCCUUGGACGAGCCGACGACGUUCGGCGGUCGCAUCCACCGCAUGAUCAAGCUCGGUCUCUCCAUCGAUGAGGACGACGCCCCGGCGGUUGAUGACUUGCCCGCGCUCGAGGAAGAAGUCGACGAAGGUUCCCGCAUGGAAGAAGUCGAUUAAUCGCCGCGCGCAGCAGUUGUGUUGACAAAAACGAGAGCGCCGCGUCGGCGGCGAGGAUAAUAGAAGAAAAUACGCACCCCUCCUUACGAGGCGUCGAGAUAUACACCAUCAACGUGAUGUAACGUCAGAUUCACGCGC